AUGGCAUCUUGGAACCUAUCAUCUUCACAACGUGCUAAAGACACGAUAAACCCUAUCAGAGAAACAGUAGCCACCAUUCUUCUUCCUACAGAUUUUCAUCUCCCCACUUAUUCCUUAGCCCUAGGUGAUCCUUCAGUGUUUCCUGAUUUCGCUGUGAACCCUAUUUUCACAAGAAUCGCUCAAGAAAAUCUUCUGUCAGGAACUGGAAAUGGCUACUGUUUAGCAGCAGGACCUAGGCCAGCCCGUGAAGCAUUAGCAAGACAAUUUUCUUAGCCCCUUUAUAAGCAAGUAAAACCAUUAGAAAAAGGAAAAUUAUCCCCCUUUAAGAGCGAGCAAAGGCAUUUUCUAAUAUAAAUUAUUUUUACAUAGAAUAUUUUAUGGAUAGUUAAUAGUUAUUAUUACGAGCAUUUAGUUAAUUCUAUUAAAUUCGUUAACUUGCAUUCAUAAAUAUAAAUAUUAUAAAUUAGAUUAGUUUAUUUUUUAAUAUUUGAUAAAAUUUUUUUUAAAAAAAUACCUUUUAAAAGUGAAAAAAAAAAACUUAUGAAAGGGGAUUUAUGAAAAUAUUCAGCUUAGUUGGGAAGAUGUAAUCCUUGAUAUCGGUGGAAGCGGAGCAAUUCAUACAGCCAUGCAAGUAUUUUUAAACCCAGGAGACAAUAUUCUAAUCCCAGCCCCUGGCUUUCCUCUUUAUAAGUGUAUGGCAGGCAAUUUAAGUGCAGAAGCAAGACUAUAUUCAUUAAGACCUGACCAUGGUUGGGAAAUAGACUUCAAUGACUUACACCCCCAUUCUUAAUCUGAUCACAACCAUUCAAAUAAAGCUAAAAAAAAUUUAGUAUCAAAAUUUUUAUAUUUAAUUCUUUUCCAUAUGAAAUAUUUUAUGUUCUAGUCACAUGAAAUAAAACAUCAAAUAUGAUAGAAGUUGCUUAAAAAUUGCAUAGAAGCAAUUACGAUAUAUAUCUCUAAUAUUCAUUAUUAUCAAAGAUAAUUAGUUAGAUUUAAGGUGGUAUUUCGAAGAGGUUCAUUUUUGGCUAUGUGAAAAUCAUUAAUCAAGGAUCUAUUUUUACAAAAUUUUCUAUAGGAUCAUUCGAUCAAGGACGGGAGAACUAGACAGACUAGUUGAUGAAAGGACAAAAUUGCUAGUCAUCAUAAACCCAUCAAACCCUUGUGGAAGCGUUUUUACAAAGGAGCAUUUAUUAGAAAUUUUAGAUUGGGCAGAAAGGCAUAAAAUCUGUAUUUUAGCUGACGAAGUCUAUACAGGAAUGAGCUAUGGGAAGCCUCACAUCCCAAUCGGAUCCUUAACUGAUGAAGUCCCUGUUUUUACUAUUGGUGCUAUGAGCAAAAUGUAUUUGGUGCCUGGAUGGAGAUGUGGCUGGCUUAUUGUCUAUGAUAAACACAAUAAAUGUGCAGAAUUCAGAGAUGCGAUAUUAAAAGUAAAAAAUAUGCUUUUGCAUCCUGCUCCUUUUAUCGCGAACUCUAUACCAGCAAUUAUAGAACAAACUCCAGAAAACUAUAUGAGUGAAGUUAUGCAAAAAGUUAAGGAAAGAGCUGAACUUGUGUACCAAAAAAUUCAAGAAACUCCAGGAUUAUCAAUGCAGAUGCCUGAAGGAGCUCUAUACUGCAUGAUUUCUAUAGACUUAGAAGCUUUUGAAGAUUUUGGAAAUUCAAUUAUUUUUGCUGAAAAACUAGCAAGGGAACAAGGAGUCUUGGUGCUUCCUGGAGAAAGUUUCAUGAGUCAUAGAGCCUUUAGAGUUGUUCUAUGCCAGUCAAGAGCUGUUCUUGAAGAGUGCAUGGACAGAAUUAAAAAUUUCGCAGCAGCACAUCAUAAAAAAUAA